UCCAUAUAUGUAUGUAUGUGUGUGUAUACGAACAUCUUCCAGGGGAGCUACUUAGAUGGAUUACGAUCACAUUUAGGUGGUUUAACGCAACGAGUCAAAUCUUGGUACUGGGGAAGACCUCUCGAAUUAGCCACUAAGUUAUCUAGAAGUUUUGAUAUGAAAGAUGAAGGCGGAUCGCUGUUGGCAUCCGAAACAGGUGUCAGACGGCAUCAGUCGAUGCAGCGACUACCGAUGGACCAGAACGGCUCAUCGCUGGAACAAAGCCAAGACCAGCCACCACAUAUAGUACCUGACCAUAGAGGAAAUCUACACAUCACAGUGAAAAAAUCGAAACCCAUUCUUGGCAUUGCAAUCGAGGGUGGAGCCAACACCAAGCAUCCAUUGCCGCGAAUCAUCAACAUUCAUGAGCACGGAGCAGCGUAUGAGGCAGGCGGACUGGAGGUAGGCCAGCUGAUACUGGAGGUCGACGGUAACAAAGUCGAAGGAUUGCACCAUCAGGACGUCGCCCGACUGAUAGCGGAGUGCUUCGCCGCACGCGACAAAAACGAUAUAACGUUUCUAGUAGUCGAAGCGAAAAAAUCAAACCUAGAACCGAAACCAACAGCAUUAAUAUUUUUAGAAGCAUAGCAUUUGCUAUCCCUGCCGGCUAGCGAUCCGGAUAAUUCUGAAGUGCCAGAAAAAGGGAUCGACCUUACCGCUGAUAUAUUGAAGUAAGUUUUCUUUUUCCUGCUCCUCUCUAUCGAUGUGCUGUCCUCUGUUCGUUCUGUUCGUUUUUUCUUAGCCGAUCGUUUAGUUCGUUCUCGAUAACUGUUUCAAUGUGUGUAUUGUUUUAACGGUGCAGACCAACGGAAAAGAUUGCGGGACUUUCCCCUCAGGCAAGUUAGCGAAAAGUGCUCCGAAAGUCCGGCAAACCUUUCCAUCGGUUUGUGCACGUCCUAGUUUCUUCUUGUACUAAUCCUAAAAAUAGCAUUACUACACGCAACUAACCAAGACAAAUUGUAAAGACUUAGCUGGAAGUUAUAUAAAUGGUGUUGUAAUUUAGAAAGUGAUAUUCGUGAAGUUUAUUCAGAACAUGUUACACUUAGUAAGCAAAGGAUAUACACCUACACUGCCGUACUUAUAAAUGUUGACACUUUUGAAAAAGAAACGAAAAACAAAAACAUUGCUUCUCUCUUUCUUCCCUCACUAGAUGUACCCAAAUAGUCUAGAGCUGUGCAUUUUACUUUGACAUACUCUUCGACAUCAAAGGAACCGGGUUCAAAUCGUUUCUAUCCGCGAAGAGAACAAUCAGGUUAGCGUUCCACCACAACAGAGUAAAAAAACACAAGACUAAUGCUGUUUUUUAUGAUGUAUCUGUUUUGUUUGGUUUGUUUACUGAACUGUGUAUUUUAUUAUUUCUCCAGUAAAUUUAAGUUUUUUUUCUAACGAAAAAAAAGAAAACAAUCAGCAGAAUGAAUGAAUUCUUUAUUCGCGGUAAUUCAGAGAUAUUCUAGCCGUCAGGGAUGUAAAACCAGGUGAACGACAAAAACUACCAAAACAAAGCAAAACAAAACCACAACUGACACAAUCCUAAACAAAUCUUACCAGAUCAAAAAUCAUCGUCAAACUCAGAGAUAGCAUCUCACAAGCUCAUCUUACACAAUAGGUAAAUAUCAAGUGCAUCAAGAAAAAAGCAAAAUCACAAGCAAACAAAUAAACUAGCAACCAAAACGGCUAACGGUUGUGUGAGACAUUCGGUUGAUAGCUCAUACCGAAUACAAUGCCAAACACUCCUCCUUUCCCCACCAUCACCAUCACCAUUCGCCGCCACAAAUACUCAUGCACAUAAACGGCUGGGCCGAGCGAACAGACAAACAUGCGUAACUGAGAGUAAUAAAAAAAAACAAAUCUAACCUAACUGCAAUAAAAAAAGUGUGAGCUCGAAAACUAUAAGUUAAAGCAAGCAGAAAACAAGGAUAAAUACCACUACGUUAUUUGUUGACUCGUGAAUAAGUGCGUAAUAGUAAGUUUUAGUUUUUUAUUCCUAGAAACGUUGAGUGCUCGAAAUUAAUUAGGAAAACCGCUUGACAGUAGGCUUGCGCGAUAAGUUCCGUAAUGUUUUACGAUGGCUAGCCGACAAAAGUCAGCAAGAGAAAAAAUCCAACUGAAUUUAUCGCUUGUGUGAUACACACUCCUACACAUACACACACAUAUACACUUUCAUAUAUUUUUGCCACGCGCAUGCACACGAACACACACACUACACACUAUACACUUUAACCGGUAAUGAUAUGGGUCUAAAUACAUUAAUGCUGCGUUCUUUCUGCCCAGUGCAGGAGACACAUUUCGAUGAAUGAAUUGGAUUGUAAGUUCUAGGCAAUGAUUGUGUUCGAAAAUAUUAAAAACAAACACGGAAGUAAAGAACAAACAAGCAAAAAAAAACAUUGAAAACAAACAAAUUAUCGCUGUUAGUAGUCGAAAUCGCUAUGUCUAUGUGUAUGUAUGCUAAAAAAGGUGUGCUUUAGAUCAUCAUCUUGCUAGCGGUACCGAUUGAUCCGCGCGAAGACGUGUCGUCGUUUACUAGUGCUUCAAAGAAGAAGAAAAAGAAAACAGAAGGUUUGCUAAUCUCGAAUUCGUUUGUGUGGCAGAAAAGGGGUGGGAAGACGGGUCUGGAUUUCCAACUUCAGUUACUAAAGCGUUUUUCAGAAAACAACUAACUCGUAACGGCUAUUGGAUGCUUUGCGAAUUUAUCUGCAGACUAAUGGCUCCAUGUUGCUUCCUUGUGGGACACUGCUGGAAUUUAAGAAGCAGACUCUAUAUUUUAUUGAAUUUUUGCCCCGAAAAUGUGUAUAAAACAGGUUCUUUCUUAAUUGGAUAUUAAUUUAUGACUUUCGUAGGUCUAUAUAGUACUUUUUUUUAAAGAUUUUCCUCAGAUCGUAAACUUUAGAGUAGCGAACAGCUUAGUAAAUCUAGUAAACAGCUUCUGAAAAUCUGAACUUUUUAUAUCAUGACAUAACAUUGAUUCACCAUGAGGCUUGAAACUUGCUUUUCACGUUCACAAUACAGCAAAAAAAUGUUAAAAACCGAAAGAAGGUAAAACAGACUCCUCUCGCCCUUUUCUGCCUGCCACAAAAAUAUAGUUCAGUUCAAUGUUUCGAAAAAAUAUCAAACUUCAAAGAAAAAAAAAACAUAA